ACUAUAUGGUACUACGUCAGAUGAAGAUCGUACGGCAUCCGGCCGGGCCUUUCUCCGCCCAGCCUACGAGAGGGGUGAUCUAACGGCACUUAUAAGAAGGCGCAGGCGGCCAUGGAGGUUUGUUACUUGCUACACGGCGGAGUGCUGUUUUAAGCCCCUAGAAAGCCGCCCGUCCGCGCAAUCUUCCACCUCCGCCCCGCAAAACUCUCCCCCCCCCGAACCGCCCGCCCGUCCCCUGCAACCGCAACUCAACUCCCCGCCCACUCACUCUAUCCAGUCCUCCUCGCCUCGUUAUACUCAGUCCAAGUGUCCAGCCAUCAUCACUACUGCAGCCUGCGCGCGCGAGUUUCGGGAUUGCAAGAGGAUGCUGACGUUCACGGAGCUAGCUUGCCCGGCGGGCAGCAGCGCCGCCGACGAUGCGGUUGACUCGCAGCUGUGGCUGGCCUGCGCCGGGAGCAUGUGCUCCGUGCCGCCCGUUGGCGCCGCCGUGUACUACUUCCCUCAGGGCCACGCCGAGCAGGCGGCCGGCGCCGGCGCCGUGGACAUGCCGCGCGUCCCGGACCUCGUCCCCUGCCGCGUGUCCGCCGUGCGGUUCAUGGCCGACCCGCAGAGCGACGAGGUCUUCGCCAAGAUCCGUCUUCUCCCGCUCCGGCGCGGAGAACCCGUGGCGGACGUGGGCGAGGCCGCGGCCGCCCGCGAGCCGCUGCAGCAGGACGCUGACAACAACAAGCCGGCGUCGUUCGCCAAGACGCUGACGCAGUCGGACGCCAACAACGGCGGCGGGUUCUCGGUGCCGCGGUUCUGCGCGGAGACCAUCUUCCCGGCGCUGGACUACGGCGCCGAGCCGCCCGUGCAGAGCAUCUUCGUGAGGGACGUGCACGGGGAGGAGUUCAAGUUCCGCCACAUCUACCGCGGCACGCCCCGACGCCACCUGCUCACCACGGGCUGGAGCAACUUCGUCAACCAGAAGAAGCUCCUCGCGGGGGACUCCGUCGUCUUCCUCCGCGCAUCCGGCGAGGGCGGGGGCGGCGGCGAGGUCCACGUCGGCAUCCGGCGCGCCAGGCGCGUGUUCUGCGGCGCCGACGUCGAGGGCCCCUCCUCGGCCGCCUCCGGGUGGGACCACUACCGGGGCCUGAUGCGCGGCAAUGCGAGCUCCGGCAACGACGGCGGCGGCAAGGGGAAUAAUAACAACAAGGUCACUGCGGAGGACGUGGCGGCGGCGGCGAGGCUGGCCGCGGCAGGGCAGGUGUUCGAGGUGGUGUACUACCCGCGGGCGAGCACGCCCGAGUUCUGCGUGCGCGCUGGCGCGGUCAAGGCGGCCAUGCAGGUGCGGUGGUGCCCCGGCAUGCGCUUCAAGAUGGCGUUCGAGACCGAGGACUCGUCGCGGAUCAGCUGGUUCAUGGGCACCGUCGCAGGCGUCUGCGCCGCCGACCCCGUCCACUGGCCGCAAUCGCCCUGGCGGCUCCUCCAGGUGAGCUGGGACGAGCCGGAGCUCCUCCAGAACGUGAAGCGCGUGUGCCCGUGGCUGGUGGAGCUCGUGUCCAGCAUGCCAAACCUCCACCUGCCGUCUUUCUCCCCGCCGCGCAAGAAGCCGCGGAUCCCGACCUGCGCCGACUUCCCCUUGGACGGCAGCCACUUCUUCCUCCAGCCACCGUUCGCUCCUCUCGGUCUCAACCCCAGCUCGCUCGCGCAGCACGGCCACCACGGUUUCUCCUUCUUCCCCUUCCCGGGCAGCGGUGGUACACCUCCAGCUCCUGCUCCUCUCGCGGGCGGCAUACAGGGAGCCAGGCAUGCGCACUUCGGUCCGUCUCCGUCCUCGGUGGAUCUCCGCAACAGCAAACACCCGCGGUCCAGCCUACGGCCGCACACUGACAUCCGCCACCCCGCAGCCCCCGCUCUGGUGGUCGCUCCUUGCGCGCCAGGAAUCAGCACCGACCUGACGAUCGGCAAUGGCACCUCGUCCGUCCGCGAAGACGACGUGGCCACGUGCGCUCUGCCCAAGGCGCCGCCGACGCUUCAGCUCUUCGGACAGGAGAUACUGACCGAGGAGCAGAUGAUGAAAGCCAGCAGCAACACCGGCGGUCUGACGCUGACAUCCUCGCCCAACUCGGAAACCGAGAAAGCGGCCGAUGUCUCGGAAGGCUCCGACUCCGUGGUGACCCAGGGCAGCACGAGUAGCAACAACAACAACAGCACGUCCUCUUGGAGGCUGCGAUGGUUCGGGGACAACGGCAGCGGCCAGGCAUCUGAGCUUCUUGGGCUGCAGCCGGGCCAGUGCAAGGUGUUCGUCGAGUCGGACGCCAUCGGCCGCAACCUUGAUCUCUCGCAGCUGAGCUCGUUCGAGGAGCUCUACUCCCGCAUGUCUGACAUGUUUGACAUCGAGAGCGCCGAGCUGAGGAACAAUGUGCAUUACCGCAGCGCCGCCGGCGAGGUCAAGAACGUCGGCGAUGAGCCCUUCAGAGCGUUCGUGAAAUCGGCCCGGAGGCUGACUAUUUUUGCAGAAGCUGAAUAACUUGAGGGCGCCCGGCCACUCCUGGUCCUAGCGAGCAAUAAGCCGAAUUAUUAUUAGCUUUGGAUUUCUUCUCGAUGCAGUGUUGAGUUCACCUCGUUUCCCUUUCCGUUUACAUUUUUCGCUCGUCGUACUACAGUACUCAAACAAAUUCAAUGCGCGACUCUGCUUUUCUUGAUUUGCA